AUGUCGACCUCAACCGCCUCCGCCUCCGCCGCCAACCUCCCAUCCGACUCUCGCUCGAGACCCCUCCGAAGACUAAGCCAGCUGCGCUCUUUCACUUCCUCGUCAUCGAACAACAACAACAACAACAACAACAACAACAACAACAACAAUAACAACAACACCACCACCACAACCACCAACAACAACAAUAGUAGCAACGGCGGCACCUCCCAGCGUUCCUCGUAUCGCAACUCUUUGACAAAUCGGGUUCCUUGGCUUUCGUCGUCCUCUCACCAGCAGCACACUUCUGCCGCCGCCGCUGCGCCCGGUUCAGAAUCUGCAACCACCACCUCUCCCACAAACGCUUCGCACUCAUGUCCUGAAUCUGAACGUCAGUCUACACUUGCUCGCUACAGCUCGGUCUUUUCUUCGAAUCGUGGGAUCGAUUCCGACCGACGCUCGCAGAACUCUUCUUCAUCCAGAGAGACCCCAACAAACGAGUCCGGUUCCAAUCAGCAACCACAAGGGGCCAUGGCGCGUCUUAGAGGUCUGACGCAGACUGGAGACUCGCGGGGUAACAACGAGAAUACUAGCAACAAUAACGCUGCAACUACGACUACUACUAAUGAUGCUCCUUCGUCGGGACCGGACAACGUAGAUGGAGCCGUCGAGUCGUCUGACCCAGCGGCGGCUGAAGACCCAUCUGCCAACUCGUCGCAGCCCAAGCAGAAGCCCACCAUCCGUUUCUUCCCGUACCAAGAUCCUCUGCAGAACUCCCGACCGUCCUUGACCUUUAUUCCCAUCUCUCGCACUCUUCCGUCGGAAAGCUGUGUGAUUCGCGUCGGUCGAUACUCAGAACGGGAUGGGAUCCCCAUCGCCAAUCCGUCUGAACCGUCAGACGCCCCUAUCGGAUUCAAGUCGAAGGUGGUGAGUCGCAAACACUGCGAGCUUAUCUUCAUGAACGGCCAGUGGCACAUCAAGGACGUAGGAAGUUCGUCGGGAACAUUUUUGAAUCACAUGCGCCUGAGCCAACCCAACAUGACGUCCAAGCUAUACACCGUUAAGGAUGGGGACAUUAUACAACUGGGCAUCGAUUUUCGCGGCGGAGAGGAAAUGAUCUUCCGUUGUGUUCGCAUUCGGAUCGAGUGUAACCGAUCCUGGCAGCGUCAGCCCAACGAGUUCAAUAAAAACACCGAGAGCUUGAUCAAGAACUUGGGUAAAGGCAACACUGCGGAUUAUUCUGGCUGUCGCGAGUGCUCCAUCUGUCUGGGCUCUGUUCUGCGGCCGUAUCAAUGUCUAUUCAUGGCCGCUUGCGCCCACGUAUGGCACUACAAAUGCGUCAGUCGCUUGAUUCAUACUCCCGACUAUCCGAUUUUCCAAUGUCCCAAUUGUCGCGCAUACACGGACCUGAGCGCUGAGGUUGACGACACAAACGACUUCGUGGAGGAGGACGAAGAAGAAGAAGGAGAAGAAGAAGAACAGAAAAACAGUGCAUCGGAGGGACAACCGGCCACAGAGCAACAGGCCCGAUCGGAGUCUCAGUCACCCGCACCGGAGACCAAUGCGACCUCCAAUCCGGCCCAGAAAACUCCCACACAGCCUGCAAACACCAGCUCCGCAAAGUCUCCGGAGCACAACUUGCCUGUCGAAGCGGGGCUGGCAGUGAACAUUGAAAACAUGCACUUACAUGAAGCCGAAACACCCGUCCAAAGCGCUACUAACGUCAAUCCUCCGACGUCAGCUCCCACCUCGAACGCUGAAGGCGUUCCUCACAGUGCCAGCCUCGACAUCCCUGGUUCUCAGUCUGCAUCUCUGUCUCGGGGAACCCUCCCGAAUCGACCAGCACAGCUGACGCUUGGCCGUGCGGAUUUGUCUGAUGACAAUCCGUUAACCCCGCGUAAUGACUCGGGACCUUUGGCCUUCGAUGGCUGGACGGGAAUACCUUGA